AUGCGUGGCGUCCGAUUACUCGCGGCUGCCUUGGUCGCGGCCGACGGCCUCCAGGGGCGCCAAACGCCGCGCCGCGCGUCGUGCCGCGUCCGGGCCGGCGCGGGCUUCGGCGCGCCCAAAAAGGCAGGCACCACGAAAGCGCGGCGAAAACGGCCGCGGCCGCCGCCGCGCGCGGCGCCGGCGCGGCCCGCGCUCGACAAGUGGGGCCUUCCCGUGGCGGAGCCCGAGGACGAGGACGCGCCGCGGGACCUCGGGGCGCGGAAGGUGUCGCUGGAGGCGCCGCCCGUGGCCGUCGCCACCGCGGGCGCGGCCCUGGCGCACGCCAAGGCGCAUCCCGUCGAUCUCGGCGACCCGCGCCUCGCCGUGCUCCACCUCGACCCGCCCGUCUACCGCGUCCAGGGCUUCCUCUCGACGGAGGAGUGCGCCGCGCUCAUCGCCCUGACGGCGUCGGGCCGGUGCCGCGAGAUGCCCAAGGCCGCGGGCACCUUCGCCGCCGGCGAGGCGCCGCGGCGGACGUCGACCACGUGGUACGCCCGCUACCGCGAGCCCGCCUGCGCGCCCCUGCUGCGGCGCGCGCGCGCGCUGUUCCGCGGCGUUCCGUUCGCGCACUUCGAGGAGCUCCAGCUCGCGCGGUACCUGCCCGGCGAGCGGUUCAGGUGGCACGAAGACGCCGUGCCGCCGUCGCUCCUCCGCGGCGGCGACGGCGGCCAGCGCGUCGCGACGCUCCUCGUCUACCUCAGCGGCGACGGCGACGAAGCACAGGGCGGCGCCACGUGUUUCCGCGACCUCGGCGCGCCGCCGCCGCUCCGCGUGGCGCCGGUCGCCGGCGACGCGCUCCUGUUCUUUCCCGCGUUUCAUCUUAGCGGCCGCCCGGACGACCGCACCGUCCACGCCGCCGAGCCCGCGAAAGCCGAGAAGUGGGUCUCCCAGCUCUGGCUCCACGAGGGGCCCUACCCGCCGUGCAUCCUCGACGAUAAUCCGCACCUCGAGUAACGUGCAAGCCCGUCGCGUCGAUAGCGCAAGGGGGGUUCGGAUCCGUCUUCCGCUCACGUACAGGGUGGUAAUCGAGAAAAAAAAGUUACCGG